AUGGACUCUCAAAAUGAGGAAGAAGAAUACAUCGCAGUAGAUGAUGUUGCUGAUGAUUCUGAUGAAGAGCAUGAAUGUCGAGUUUGUCGCGGAUCCGCAGAAGAAGGGCGACAACUCAUCAAACCUUGCAAAUGCUCCGGAUCAAUCGGGCUUGUCCACCAGGACUGUUUAGUUUCCUGGUUGGAAGUUACAAGAGGAGAUGGGCGUUGUGAACUGUGUAAAACAAAGUUUCGGUUUGACCCACAAUACGCUGAUAAUACUCCUGAUCGCUUACCUGCGCAUGAAGUGAUUCUGGGAUUGACUAGCCGAGCACUCGCGAAGUGGUUACCAUUUGGGCUGCGGAUUUCAAUUGCUUUGUUUGUUUGGCUGAUAGUUGCUCCAAUGUUGACAUCAUGUUUAUACCACGGAUGGAUGCAUCGCCCAUCUUCCGUUCUUACGAGAUGGAAAAGGGACACAAUACCGUCUGAUAUUGUCAGUGGGGCAAUAAUUGCAGCUGUUGUUAUAAUCAGUUUCCUUAGUCUGAUGAGUUUUGCGGAUUUCUUGAGAGUUCACUGGCAACAAGGGCCAAGACGGAGACCAGGUCUUGGUGAAGAAGAGGAGGUUGAUGGGAAUGGUGCUGAUAAUACAGAAGAUGAGAAUGGGAUUGAUGAAACCAUUGUGGAGAUUGCUCGAUCCCACGACUUCGCUCGGGAGACUAUGCAAGGAGCAGACGAAAAAUACGAUAGUGAUGCGGAGGGACCGAAAAAAAAACCGCUGGAUCAUCAAGAUUCAAUGGAGAACAAGGUCGCAACGCUAGACGAAUUACAUCUUGGGGCAGAUAAGGAUGGCGACGAUGAGGUGUACCCACCAGAUCUUGAUUACGAUGAUAUCAUUAACAACCCCCCAAGAGUUCGGGACCUGGUGGAAGACAAUAUCUUUCGAUUAGUACAUGAAAUGGAUGAGAGAAUGGAUGACCCGGGCAUUGAGGAGGAAGAGCAAGACCCCGAUAUAUGGCCGCAAGAAGAAGAUCCUCAAGAAGAUGGCUUUGCGCAGGUAGAUCCGGCAGCUUUGCAAGAUGACCAAGUGGAUAUGGAGAUAAAUGUUGCACUGGACGAGCUGCUUGGCCUCCGGGGCCCUUUCAGCACUCUAAUUCGGAAUCUGUUGUGGUUGCUUGCUUUCAAUGCGACGUACCUUGGGAUUUUCUCGUUUGUUCCAAAGGCAGUUGGAUCUACAGUAUAUUCUGGGUUGUUCAACAACACGGUCUGUGAUAACAUACUGAAAAAAAUUCCAUAUGUGUACUCAGACAAUGAAAACGCUACAACUGUCUCAUACAUUAUUCGUGAAUUGAACGAGGAGAGCGCCGACAAAGAGACCACUUUUCGACUGCCUGACAUUGUCACUGUCACACUUGGCUACUUUUCCAUUGCUGCAGUUGUUGUCAUGUUUCGGUACUUUUGGAUAUUUCUGUUGCAGCUUCAGCAAAAGAAAUCUGAAGAUGAGACUGCCCCUUUGCAACCACCUGCCGGUCUUGGCGAAGCAAGACAUGGUCGACACGGGGCUCAAAGAGAUGAAGUCGAUGAGAAUGGGACUACUCUUGAAGUUGCACUUGAUGCCACAGUUGCAGUAGUAAAAGUUGGGGUGCUUCUUUUCCUGAAAAUGUUUCUACUCCCUCUGUCACUUGGCCUUUGCUUGGAUGUAUCAACAAUGCCCCUUUUUGGUCAUUCUUUGGCAAGGAGGAUCGAGUUUGCUGGGGCAGAUAUUUUCUCAUUCAUCCUUCUCCAUUGGGUUGCUGGCAUCACCUUCAUGCUUCUUGUGACAGUGUUUCUCUUACAACUCCGAGAAGUGGCGCACCCAGACCUGCUUGCAGCUGUGAUCAGACCACAAGAGCCACAACCCGAUCUACUUGGAAAUUUGAUGCAUGAAACUGUUCUCACCCAUAUGAAGAGAAUGUUUCUCUCUCUUGGUAUCUAUGCACCACUUCUGACACUGCACGUUUACGUGCCUAUCAGGAUGAUUCAUUGGAUAGGACUGGGCGACUUCUUGGCGUUUUAUCAUCUCAACUUUUGGCACAUUGUCAUGCCCCAGCUACAGAUUCCUAUUGAGCUCGUAAUUUUCCACCUAUCAAUGCUUGCAUUACUUGAGCGAUAUAAGAACUCUAUUGGAGGUUGGCAGCAUACAUGGAUGGUGAUGAUGUGCAAGCACAUGGGUCUUACUGAAUAUGUACUCCCGAGAGCUGUGGAUAAGUUUCAGCUGGCGGGAACGAAGCGGGUUUUUCUUUCAAACGAAGAAUCGGAAUACAAUGUUGAUCCCUUCUGGUAUGAGCUCGCAUCAAAGGAGAAAAAUAUUGACUAUUUUGUAGAGUCAAAUAUUGAAAUAGCAGACGCAGCACAAGAUAGUCUUGUUGGAGAUGCAAAAGCAAAUGGUAUCCGAGUUCUCGAUUCAUCUUUGGGAUUCAUCAAGAUGCCAGAGACUGCCGGCUGCGAUGAUUCCAAUUCGAGGUGCUUGCUCCCGACAAAACGUGGAAGUUACUGCUUGAAGAAAAGCACAAUCGGCUCCAGCACCUCCGUUAGAAUAGAAUUUUGGAAAGAAAUUCCAGGUGAUACAAUUCCAAGACCUCCCGAAGGAUGGGACGAUCUUGGUGCCGGUGGAGCAUAUGUCCAAGGUAGAUGGGCUUGGGGUAAAGAGAGAAAGUCUGUGGUUGAGGGAAGUGUGGCACAUCGAAAGACAUUUCGAGUUUCUGAACAGCAUCGCCGUCCUCUUUUCCUUAUGCUUAAAGUCGUCGGCUUCUUUAUCUUCAGUUGGAUUGCCAUCACAUGCACAGUUUUUGGGCUGACAACUGCUCCAUUGGCUGUUGGAAGAUCCUUCUACUACCUCUUCCGCAUUCCUGAGAAGUACAUUCACGAUCCCUUUGCAUUCGUCAUGGGAGCAUUUGUUUUCUUUCCAUGUACAUCCGUCGUCGUAAAUGCUAUGAAGAAAGCAGAAGGAAGUUCUAUAUCGACAUGGCGAGAAUGGUUCUCAAAACUCUACCUGCCACCAUUGAGAAAAAUAUCAGUUCUUCUCGAAUCUGCGCUCUUGUGGGCAGCAGUCGCACCUUUCGCUCUUGGUCUCACAUACGAGCUUGUCGCCGUGAAAUCAUCCAAAUGGUUCAUGAUGGAAGAUCCUCUCAUUGAUGUAAAGACUGCAUUCAUGUCUUGGUUUCUGGGAUUUGUAGUCUUGAACAUAUGGGCAUUUGAAUCUUACAACAGCUUUUUCACUGAAGACUUUUGGGCAAACUUCUGGAACGCCAUUGUGGAACCUGCCGAUGACAAUGCGGUGAGGGAGGCAAGAAAUAACGUCAAUGCGGGUAAUGAAGCAUCUGGGAAAGGCAGUUGGCAAGGAAAGACCGGGAGAGUGGCUCAGUUUUUCAGUGUUUGGCGAUCUGUUGUUUUUGAUUGGGAAUGGGAAUACGUUGAUCAAGUGGCCUUAUUGGACGAGUUUUCCAGACCUAUUGCACGACAAGUUGCUAGUGCUCUAGUCGGGUCGACGAUAUGCUGGCAAAUUAUAAUACAAAUUGCCCCGAGUGUACUGCAGGCCGGAAAUGGGGGGUUUAUGGUGCCUUUAUUUGGUCAAGUCGAAUAUGGCAUUUUCCGCAUGGGAAUAUUCCGACUGUGCGCAGUUGGUCACGUGGGUGUGCAACUCUGCACUGCACACCGUCGACGUAUUGAACAAUGGUUUCGUGUUGCCCAUGACGCCGCCAGGGAUGAUAGAUAUCUAGUGGGAGAGAUUCUUAUGGCUUACGAUUCAAGCACAACUAUUGAUAUUCAGAAUUGA